UGAAGUCUCAAACAUGCAUUAGAGGAACGUAUUUUAUUUAUUCACAUACGACCCUUGUAUGUAUUUAUAUAAGCAGUAAGCCUAUACGAUACGACCCUUUAUUCAUUAAUCCAGGAUUGACUUCAAGCUAACUUGCUAAACAGUGAUUAACGAUGACGAUUAAACGCCAGGCAUGCAAUAUUCUUGUUUGUCUUAUGGUCGUGGUUAUUGACAUCACUGCUGGAACACUCGCCAUUGAAGCUGAGGUAGCUCAGAGUAAGGUAAGCCAGUUAAAGGUGUGGAUAUUUGAAUGUAGAUAUCCUAGCUAUGAAGCUUUUAAGCUCGGCUUGGCUGCAACCGCACUACUUGUUCUCGCACACGCCAUCUCAAACUUGCUUGGCGGCUGCGGCUUUUGCAUCCGUUCAAAGGAAGAACUCCACAAAUCCUCUUCUAACAAGCAGCUUGCCUUUGCUUCUCUUGUCAUUCAAUGGACUGUGCUGGCUAUAGCAUUCUCAAUAUUGAUAAUGGGAGUAUUAGGAAAUUCGAGAUCAAGAAAAACUUGUGGGAUUUCACGUGAGCAUUACUUUUCAGUGGGAGGGAUAUUGUGCUUUCUUCAUGCACUCUUCUCCCUUUCCUAUUACAUCGCUGCUACUGCAGCGGCCGUGGCGCCGCCACAAGAGGUGGAGAAGAAUAUUAAGCUCACUCAACAAGGAGGCCACGCCUAGCCGCAGGGAGAUUCGAAAUCAAGAAAAACUUAAAACUCACAACAAUUCUAACUAGAUAAAGUUUUCUAUGAUAUAAUACAUCUUGUGAUUUCUAUGUUUUAAUACAUCUUGUGAUUUAAUAUGACAAGAAAUAUUAGUCAUUCACCAUCUCCAAUUUCUGCUUAAAUCUGCAUCCCUACGUUUAAUUGGUCUUCAUCUAAAUUUGUUGAUCAACAUCCACAAUCUAAGCAAUUAGUUGUCGUCCUGAACAUUUGUUUUUUCGGGAGAAACACAUACCAAUUUAUAGUGGCGGAUUUAUAA